GGUGCCUAUAGAAGCAGCCUUAUAAUAUAAUGAAAUGGGUUACUUUUUUUCAACUAGCUACCGCUGUUGAAAACCGUUUUUUUUUUUUACAAUAAUCAUUGAAUUAUUGAUUCCAAAUCAAAGUAAAUAUCUAAAUAUGUUUUUGUUUUACAAUUUAAAACGGGAAAGUCAAUAGGAAUAAAAUUAAUAAAUUUGUAGUGAGAGAAUCGCUGACUCCCACUCCGCAAAAACUCCACCUGACUCCGCUUCUAACUUAGCCACAGCCCUGCCUUAUCAUAGUUCAUGUUAGGGUAAAGCGACACACACCGUGUUUGUGUUCGAGAAAAUCCAAUUUUUCUAAAGAAAGGACAGGGAUUAUUUCAAGGGCUGUGAGGUCGAGUCUACUGUCGGCGGCGGUGCGUUAACUUUAACUUUACUUCCUCAUUAAUAAUGUGUGCAUUAAUAUUAAUGAUUGUUGGCUAUUCAAAUUGAUUUGGAUAAUGAAAUAUAGCCUACAUUUAAUUUGAGUAGGCGUAGCCGAAAGUCAAAGUUGUGAUUAAUGCAUUUAUUUAAUUUAUUUAAUACAUACAAUUGUGAUUUAGCCUUUUUCCUCAUCAUACCUUUUUAAAUUUUAUGAAAGUUUAAGUUGCGUGUAGAAUAGGAGUGAAACCUAACACUAAUAGUAAUUUAUGUAAUAAUCAAAAUGCUCUUUUAGUAUUUUAGUAUAUGGAGGUCACAGCACAAACAAUUGGCCGAUAAUUGACAAUCACAAUUAAUGUUAACCCUCUGGAGAUGGAGCCUUUUCGGGGUGUAUGUACCAAAAAGACGGAGCACUUUUUAUGAGCUCGACACUCGCAUUGCAAAAAAAUGUAUAAAAAAUAAACUAUUCCCUUAAUAUGUGUAAAACUAUAUAUAUUCUUGUAGGAAAUUGAAUGAACUAAUACAAUCUUUAUGAAUCAAACUGACAUAUCAAAAUUUAUGCAAAUGAGGUACCCUUAUUUGCAUAAUUUAUGCGUGUAAUUUUUUGUUACACCUAGAAUAAACAUGACUUACUUGUAUCAAUUGUGUGAAUUUUUUGCUGGAUGAAGCCUGAAUAAGUCCUAAUACUUAUUUUUUGGGGGGAAAGGGCCCAUGAAGGCCCUUCAGACACCUCUGGCACAUGGUUCUACUCCUUUCCCACCCCCACCCCCUAUUUUUCAGUUGUUACAGACACACUGUAACAGGCCCCCAUUUAUGACCUAGGGACCUUCUCUUAAGCUGAAUGUUACUGACAAAUGUGUCUGCAUAUCAAUUGGUCUCUCUCAUUAACACUUGAGUGAUAUUUAGUGUAAAAAAUAGCAUAAAAUACUCAAAUGGGGUGCUUAUGACUUAUUUAUAGGACUUAUGUUGUCUAAAAAUUCAGAGGGGUCAUCUCUGUCCAUUUGAGGACCCCUAAUACUAGUAAUACUAAACCAAGAGUUCACAACAUUAGCAUUACCCUCAAUUUGAAAGUCUUCAUUAAUUCCCUGGUUGUUUUCAGCAGUUUCAGUGUCAAAUUCACUGCUAGAUAAAGGGCCCAUGAAGGCCCUUCAGACACCUCUGGCACAUGGUUCUACUCCUUUCCCACCCCCACCCCCUAUUUUUCAGUUGUUACAGACACACUGUAACAGGCCCCCAUUUAUGACCUAGGGACCUUCUCUUAAGCUGAAUGUUACUGACAAAUGUGUCUGCAUAUCAAUUGGUCUCUCUCAUUAACACUUGAGUGAUAUUUAGUGUAAAAAAUAGCAUAAAAUACUCAAAUGGGGUGCUUAUGACUUAUUUAUAGGACUUAUGUUGUCUAAAAAUUCAGAGGGGUCAUCUCUGUCCAUUUGAGGACCCCUAAUACUAGUAAUACUAAACCAAGAGUUCACAACAUUAGCAUUACCCUCAAUUUGAAAGUCUUCAUUAAUUCCCUGGUUGUUUUCAGCAGUUUCAGUGUCAGAUUCACUGCUAGAAUAUCAAAAUUACUAAGUACAGUUUGAUCAGAGUCACUGUCAGACAUGUUCGAAAUUCACGAUGUAACAACACACACACACAAAAAUUCCUGCAAACAAAUAAAUUGAGUUCACCUUCAACGAACGCCGCCAUUACAAUGCCGGGAUGUGCAGGAAUACGUAUGAAUAAUUUUGAUUCGCUGGUACAACGCCAAGCCAGCCAAUCGUGAGGCUCGAUCUAUCAGGCCGACGGCUCGGACUUGACGUCUUUCUCGCUAGUGUACCUAGGGCCGAUAGAUCGGCCCUUACGUCUCCAGAGGGUUAAAGGCCUAACUAAAACUAAAGGCUACGCCUAAAGUCUAAAGUAAAGUUAAAGCGGACGUUCACAUUGCACUUUCUCCCAAUCAUAUUAUAUUAUAUGGUCUACUCUACUACAAAGACUUGUACUGUGGCUUCGUAUCAAGACAAGUAAAAAAAAUAAAUUAACUUUUAGUUAACUAAUAUAGUAUAUAGUCUGAAUUUAACUGUGACUCUGGUGAAUGUGGCCGGGUAAAAUUUUAAUAAUUGGAGAUCAUUGUGGCCUUAUACUUAUACUUAUUAGUCUAAUAAGUUAUUUAAUUAGGAGGAUUCAGAAAGGAAUUUUAUGGUAUGAUGUAAUUUUUUUGUCAUUAGCCAUAUAUAUUGUCUUUCUUAAAAAUAAUAAUUUAAAAAAAAAUUAUAAUCCACACAUUCAUGAUAUUGCUCUAACUCUAAUGCCCUAAUCACUCAUGGUUUAAGUUUAAAUAAGAUCACUAAAAUGGUUCAGAUGCUCAGUUAGAAUUAGAAGGUAAAAGUUUGUAUUUUUGUUUGCUGCAUUUUGAUCUUAUAACUUAUAGGCCUAACCUUAUUACUUUUUACUUAAGAAGAGGCCUACUUAUUAAAUAGUUGAAAAUAUUGGCAGUUGAAAGAUGAACCAAGCCAUUGUUAAACCACUGUUGACCCAUUAAUUCAUUAAAAGUUAAAAAGAAGAUGUCUAAUCACCCUGUCUGCUACAUUUAAAGCAAAAUUUUGUUGAAUAUGAAUAUGCUUUCAUAAAAAAUUCCUUUAGGCUUAGUCAUGACAUAGUCUAAGUGAGUCUAGGAAAUCUCGUUGGGCUUCAACUUUAUGUUAAAUGAAUCAACAAAAUUCUCCUCUCGUAGGUUCUCAGGCAAACAACUGUAGUAAAGUGAUUGAGUUAGGAUUAGAAUUAGAUUUCAAAGAGGAGCUGUAAGUUUUAAAAAAACUGAUUAAAUUCUCUGCUUGUUAAAGCUCAGCUGAUUGUUAAAAAUACAAAUAAUGAUGAAUUGUUUCAUUUUUAUCCCAAUUUCAGGUUUAACACACAUUAAGCAAAUCUUCAUUCUAUUUGAAACUCACAUGCCAGAAUGAUUGUUACAUACCUUGUGCUCAGUCUAGUGGCCUAUGUGUUGGUGAAAUAUUUGAGAAAGUUCAUCGCUUAUCGCAAAGCAUAUUUCAAGCUACCUAUGUCAGCAGACUAUAGAUACACAACCGGAACUUUGCAUGCAGUAAGUACAGAUAAUUCUGCAUUCCAAAAUAAUUUUUUUACUAUGAGAAUGCAGGAAACAAGCUCAGAUGUGACUACCUGAAAUAAAAUCUAGAUAAGGUAUGAAUAUCUGAAGAAAAAAAAAUUGUCGCAUAUCAUGUCUUUUGUUGUUUGGCAGAUCCUUAACAAACAUUACUUUCUAUUCAUAAGGUGGUGAGAUAUAUUUACACGAGAGUGCCUGAAGAAAAAAGGGAAAUUCAAUUUGUCAUAUCAAAUCAUAAUAUCAGUUUGUGUAACUAAAAGAAGCUAUUGUUUUGUUACAAACUCUGCUAUUGUUUUAUUACAAACACCCUGAAAAGCUUUUUUUUUAACCAGCUCUGACCUAGCAUGCCUAACUUUUUUCUUUAGGGUCUGCCACUGGCUGUAUAUCAUUGUUUUUAAUAUUAUAGGGAUUUUAUUUGUUUAAAUGUAUUGAUAGGUUACUGAAAAAGGUAACAUUAUACAUAGAAGAAGAAAAACACCUUUUAACAUUUGACAAAAUAUGUAACAAAUUGUGUUAAUUCUAUGUAAAAAUCAAAGUCUAUCUGUGCAGAAUGAUUUGGAAAUAAUCAAAGACAGUUAAUUCUGUCUGCUUUGUUUAGUUUCCAGGAAAUAAUGAAGAGGGUUUGAACUUUGAUUACAACUUGGCAUUAAAAAACUGCUAUUUCCAUUUGGUAUGGGCAGGACCCUUAAUACCAGCUUGUAUAUUGUACCACCCUGAUGCCAUACGACCCAUUCUCAAGUCCUCAGGUAGGGAAAACACUUUUUAUGAAUUUUUAAAUUUGUCUCAUUGAAAUAGAGCGUAUGAAUUCAUCAGUAGGCUACUUGAAAUUUAGUAUCUGUACAAUAAGUCGGGCUAAAUUAUUUUUUUUAAAAAGUGUAAGACAUCAUAAUGACUGCAUGACGUUUUAUACCUACACAACCUCUGACAUUUGAACAUAUUUUUUUAAAUGGCUUACAUUAUGUAAUGAGCAUCGAAGAUGUUAAACUUAAUAGCUAAAAAUAGAAUUUAAAGAAAAUCAAUAAAAACCACCUUUUAAAUAUUUUCUUUCCCCAGCCCCUAAGUCCCGCAACACAUUUAUAUCCACACCCUAUGACAUGGGACUGCGCUGGUUAGGAGAAGGUCUGCUGUUAGCCAAUGGAGCUAAAUGGGCUAGGAGUCGGCGUCUGCUUACCCCGGCUUUUCAUUUUGAAAUCCUGAAACCUUAUGUCGAGGUUUACAAUCAAUGUGCAGAUAUAUUAAUUGUAAGUUUGAAUUCCGGAAAACAGAAAUGUCUAUGGCGGGUUCUUCUCAGUUAACAGGUUGAACUUAAUUGACAUGUUUUACAACACUUUUGUCUUAAGCAGGGUUAUCUUCAUCUAAUUGUUUAUAUGGUUAAACUUAACUUCAGUGAAAUAAUUAGAGCAGUGUUUUUGAAGCUUUUUUUAACUUUCAGUCAACACUCACACCAGUUCUUUCCCCAUGACAUAGUAUUGACAAUCCUACAUAUUGCUUAUGAUAAUAAAAGGGUGGGGGGAGACUGCAAUCAGGUUAGGUAAAAGGAAUAUGUAAAAUAAGGUAGGGUAAAGCCUGUAUCCCAGAAUCAGGUUAGGUAAAAAGAAUAUUAUCAUUCCUGCCCAAGACAAUCAGGGACUGGAACCAUCUUUCAAAAGGAACAGUUGAGGCGACAACACUAGACACAUUUGUGUCUAUUGCCAGUUCGGAAGUUUGGGGAUCACGUAUUAAAGGAGUAGACCACCAGUAACAGAAACAUUGCAAAUCCCAUCUACAUGCAUAGGAGCCAAAAUGAUCAAUAAAUUGAUCGUGGGCCCUUAAGAUAUAGAAGAAGAAGAUAUGUCAAACAAGGUAGGGUAAAGCCUGUAUCCCAGAUAUAUCUUUCAGCUAAGUUUUUACUUUUAUAUUUGUAACUCUUUGUUUAUACUGUACUGUUUGCUGGAGAAGGCACCUUGCUGAGACAUUUUUUUGUUUAGUUGCAUCCUUUUUUUUUCAGAAUUUUUCCUGCCCCGUUAUGCAUAUUUCAAAUAUUUUUCUAAUUUCUUUUCUUAAUGGUGUGUUGAUGUUUCAGGAAAAAAUUGAAAGCUUUGCCAGGCUUGAUCAGUCGUUUGAUAUUUACACAUUGAUCAACCUCGAUGCCUUGGAUGUUAUCCUACGAUGUGCUUUUUCCUACAUUUCAAAUUGUCAGACAUCUGGGUAGAUAUUUAUUCAUUUAACAUUUGAUAAAUUAAGACAAAGUAUGUAGAUUUUUAGGACAUCUUAGUUAUUUUAUAGGCUAUAUAAUUGUUAGUUAUUUCUGAUAAUUUUGGAAUAUUAAAAAUUACGAUUCAUUUUGAGUAACUGCUUUGAUCCUGUAAUGACACAUUAUUGAAAUAUCUUUAUAAUCAUUUUGUUUUGGUAUUUAGUGGUGACCAUUGGUAGUUGCUAGUUUGUGGCCUUAAGAUAAUUAUAUAAAAAUAAUGGUGGUUCUAAGAGGGAAUUUAAGUAAAGUGAAUGGAAAUAAAUAGGAUUUACAAUACAGCGUUUAUCAAUUACUAAUCUAUUGUGACUGAAGAUGAAAUAAUUAUUGAAGCACUUGGGAAGAUGUUUAGAAGAUUUACACUAAGGAAAUUAAAACAAAAUCAAUAUUAUAAAAAAAACUUUCCCUUUUUUAAUAAUAUAAAAUAUUAGAGAAUGCCUAGUAUCUGAGAAAUUUAAUCUGAUAUUAGAUUUAUAAUUCAACUUUUAACUAUGAAUCUUACCUCCUUUUAGUUCUUAACGACCGGAGAAUAAUUUAUCACCUAUAUGUUUUUAAGAUCAGGAAGUACUUACACUGACGCUAUUAGUCAGCUACAAGCUAUGUGGGCAGAUCGUUCAUUGUAAGUUAACUUGCUUUUAAAUAAUUAAGUUUGAGAUACAAUAGUUCACCAAGGUAAUUAACUUCUGAAUCUAAUGUUUCGGAAGAUAAAAAGAUUAUAUUGUUGCCCAAAAACUUAAAUUCAAGAAACAUUUUUUGUUUCAGCUAUAUUGGCACAGCCUUUUAUUAAACCCUACAGCUUCACAUCAAAGCUUCUAAGCAUAUUUCAAUUCAUUUCAUUUCAGAAAACCAUUUCUGCACAGUGAGUUUAUCUACAGUUUUACCUCUCACGGCAAGAAGUUUUAUCAACUGUGUGAUGUUGCUCAUCAAGUGGCUGAGGAAAUAAUUGAAAAGCGAAGGAAAGAAUUGGUAAUUUGUUAACUUAUAAGAUUUGGAAAUAAAGCAGUAAAUUUUGUUGAGUCACUGGAAUAAACUUCCAAGUUCAAAAGUGAUUAAUUUUAACCCAAAUUAAGAAAUCUCAAGGUUAUUUGCAAAUAUUUUUUGUAUAGUCCAGAUCACUGUAACAUCUACUUCUGGGAUAAAAAAAGAAGGAUAGUAAAGAAUCAUUGACAGAGCACUUUAUCAGUUUUCAUUCAUGCAUUAAGUUUAACAAAUAUUGAUAGUAUCAUGACAUUUUUUAAGAUACUGUCAGGUAAAUUUUAUUUUGUAUCUUCAUCUGAGAAGAAAAACAUGUAAUUUCUAGUUUUAUAGAUGUUAAUAUCACUGUUGAGGGUUUUAAAGGUUUCAACAUUACACCUGAGCUACAACAUUAUGUUUUUAAUUUGACUCUUUGUAAGGAGAAAGAAGCUGAUCAAGUGUCACAGAGAAAAGUUAAGGAUUUUUUAGAUACGCUACUGACUGCCAAGGAUGAGGAUGGUAAUGGGCUGAACCCCAUGGAAAUACGAAAUGAAGUGGACACAUUCUUAUUUGAGGGUACAUACUCCAUACAUACUUCAUACGUAUACAUACUCCAUAAAUAAUUCAUACAAUGUCCAUGCAUACUUUAUACAUAUGCAUAUUCCAUGCAUACUCCAUGCAUACUCCAUUCAUACUCCAUACAUACUACAUACAUACUCUUUAAAUACUUCAUGCAUAUUCCAUACAUACUCCAUAAAUACUCCAUAAAUACUCCAUAAAUACUCCAUAAAUACUCCAUACAUACUCCAUACAUACUCCAUACAUACUCCAUACAUACUCCAUACUCGAUAGAUACUUCUUGCAUACUCCAUGCAUACUCCAUAAAUACUCCAUGCAUACUCCAUAAAUACUCCAUACAUACUCCUUAAGUAAUCCAUACAUUUCAAUGAGGUCAUGAGGUAUUUUGCAAAAAACUAAGUGCAUAAGUCCAUUGCUGAUAUGAUAUAAAAUUUCCACCACCACCACCCCAUUUCAUCCCUUACUUACCCAGGUUAACACGUCUUGUGUUAAGAAGGGAUUGCUCUAAUUCAACUGACAUUGUUAAUUAACAUUAAAUUACCGAUUUUUAAGAUGGGAAAUGACAAGAACAAAUUCAAAAUAAAGUGUAUUCAUUGCAGCAUUAUUAAAAUUAAUAGUUUAUUCUGAGAAAACUUACACAGCACUUCAUCUACUUGGCAUCACAGCUGAGUUGAAAACAAGACUAAUGGCGCCUAAUUAUAAAUUUGUGUAAUAUGUUUUGUUGUGUUAAAACUGGUAGAAUUUAGCAUUCCAGAUCUUGAUUAAAACUCAGCUUUUAGCUUCAGUUAUUCUCUAACAAAUAAAAUGUACAGUGUACAGUCUUUUCUAAAUAAUCCUUUCAGGCCAUGACACAACAGCAAGUGGGAUGAGCUGGACACUGUACGCCUUGGCCCAACACCCAGAGUACCAGGAGAGGGUGUACGAGGAGGUCAUGGAAGUACUUCAAGGAAGGGAACACUUAGAAUGGUUAGUGAAAUGGCAAGCGCAGUUGAGUCGGUGAAAAUCAUGAUUUUGCUUUGUGUUUAUGUGUUCCCAACUUCUGAAAUGAGAUUGUUAUUACAAUUUAUAUAUCAAGGUAAUGAAAUGUAUUUAUUACAAGAAUAAAAUGGACACACAUACAGCUAUUAGGGUCCAUGUAAUAAUUUAAAACCAUUUCUUUUCAGUUCUUACUUACGAGAUUAUAAAAAAUCUUAUAACAAUCAAAUGUUAAAAGAAAACAACUUUAAAACCAUUCAAACAUUAAUUUUUCUUACAAUAAUGUUUUUUUUGGAUAAAAAACAGGAAUGACCUUGCAAAAUUAGACUUUACCACUAUGUGCAUCAAAGAAGGUUUGCGGUUACAUACAGCUGUUCCAUUUAUCGAACGACGCAUAACUGAAGAUUGCGAAAUUCAUGGUCAUGUUAUCCCUGCAGGUAAUUAUAAAGAUCCUGUUACAAUUCAUAGGGGAGGUAACAUCUGGUCUGCCCAAAGUGUCCCCCACCCUUACCUGACUCCCCCACCUCACAAGUUGAAGUUGAAAAUCAUAACAUGCUUUCAUAAUGCUGGGCUACUCAUUUAAAAUUGGUUGUUAGGUGUUGGGUUAUAAUUAAUGACCUGAAGAUUGAGGAGUAUUAUUUUUAAUGAAGCCUCUCAUUUCCUCUCCAAACCCUUUUACAGCCGGAGUGCCUGGGCUUGUCAUGUUGACAGCAGUUUUUCAAAGUGACUGCAUAGCUCACUCAUGUUCAAAGCAAGCUUACAGUUUUAACAGUUUUGGUCAGAGCAGGCAUCAUACAUUUGUUCUCUAAAUCUGGAGAAAAAAAAGCAACAACUGUUGUUCCAUCAAUACAUUCCUGAACACCCCGCCCACUUCCAACACAUCCCCAUACAUUCCUGAACACCCUGCCAACUUCCAACACAUCCCCAUAAAUUCCUGAACACCCCGCUCACUUCCAACACAUCCCAUACAUUUCUGAACACCCCGCCCACUUCCAACACAUCCCCAUAAAUUCCUGAACACCCCGCCCACUUCCAACACAUCCCCAUACAUUCAUGAACACCUGCCCACUUCCAACGUAUCCCCAUAAAUUCCUGAACACCCCGCCCACUUCCAACGCAUCUCAUAAAUUCCUGAACACCCCGCCUACUUCCAACACAUCCCCAUACAUUCCUGAACACCCCGCCCACUCCAACACAUCCCCAUACAUUCCUGAACACCCCGCCCACUUCCAACACAUCCCCAUAAAUUUCUGAACACCCCGCCCACUUCCAACACAUCCCCACUUCAUCAUAAAAUCUUGAUGAUUUUUAAAAGCGGAUAACUCCCUCAAAUAAUCUGAUUAAAAAAAUUUAUAUUUCAUAUAUGAUAACGUUCUGUGUUGAAAUCACAAAUUAAAUAACCACAUGUCAAUGAAAUAAGCUUUAUUUAUUCAUUUAAUUCCAACUUCAGGCACCCGAGUUGCCAUUCAUAUAUGGAUUUUGCAUCACAAUCCACAUUUGUGGGAGGAUCCACACAGCUUUAAACCAGAGAGAUUUCAUCCUGACAAUCAGCAAAAAAUGGAUCCUUUUCAGUUUGUUCCUUUUUCUGCUGGGUCAAGGUCAGUUUAGCAAAUUUUAGCACUAAAUGGUCUCAAACUCUAUGUAUCCAUAGGGCAAUACAAAUGAUUGUUUUGGUGGGCUUAAGACAGCAUUUAUAUUUCUUUAUUCAGCCUUGUUGCUUAAUUCAUUAUGUGAAGGCAAUACUUUUUAGGCAGCAGGAUAAAGUUUAUAUAUUGAUAGCUGGGUGUUAGAGACGACAGGUUAAAUUUAUAUAAUUUUGUUGAUGUGUGUGAGUAGAUAAAAAUGUUUUCUCAGGACAACUGAUUCAAGUCAGAAGGCAAUUUUAAUUAAUGGUUUGAACCUACAGCGUACAGGUUUACUAAGAGCUACAAGAUUAAAUCUGUCACAAUCUUGGAAAUUAAAAUUAGCUCACCAAUAAAAGUAACCUUAUUAUUUGACGCUUUCCUUACACAGGAAUUGUAUUGGACAAAAUUUUGCAAUGAAUGAAAUGAAGGUUACUGUAAGCAGAGUGAUUCAAAGGUAAGUACAAUUAAAAUUAUGUGUUUGAUACAGGAGUUAAGUCUCCUAACUCUCCUUCUAUCAAGUUUUGGAAACAGGGGCAGAGAGCCUUUCUGACCUACCAGUUGUCUACCUGUGUAAGCACCAAAGGUUUGAAUAUACCCACUUUUGAGUACACACUUAAAAUUUUGUAAUAUUUUCUGUUGUAGACAAAAUUCUACAUAUGUCACAUGAUUUUUUUUGAAAAUUCAUUAUAAAUCAAAAAGUGAAUCUAUAAAUAGAGUUACCAUGUAAUUUACAAUUUAUUUAUUGUUUACUUAGGGUCUACUGAACGUAUUGUUCACUUUACUCAUUUCAGAUUUAAACUGACAGUGGAUCCUCUGUACAAGACUCGCAGAACUCCCAGUGUAACAAUGAAGUCUGAAAAUGGCAUUUACAUUUACGCUCACAAGAGGGAAUAACCAUAGUUUAAAAUAUCCAUUCAACAACAUUAAAUUGUUUUUACAUUUUUUUUUUCUUUCAUUUUUUACUAGUCAGAAAUCACUGUUUGCUUAAAUAUGACCUGCUCAAAAUUGAUGUAAUUUUAUUUCAAUUUAUAUCAAUUUGCGUAAGCUUUGAAUUUGUAUCAAUGUCUUUUCUAAAAUAUGUAAGUACUAGGGCGUAACCAGGAUCGAGUUCGAGAAAAUACCCUGAAAUUGGAGAGGUCCAAGUGUUAAAAAAAAGAGUAAACUUCUCAUUUUAUGUAAUAUAUGCUGGCCUUUAAAUAGUCCUAAAGACAGUCCUACACCAUAGCCGGGGCUCUUUAUUGAUUAAUAUUAUAGUAAUCUCCUUAAAAAUUCAACCUUCUUUCCCUGGUUCAACUGUCACGCAUGUCACUCCCUGCCUGACUACUUUUGUUUUUCCACGGAGUACUAUUAUUAUAGAACAUUUUGAGUAGGGGGAGGGCCGGUUGCUAUAAGGAAGCAGCCACACCAGAAGUAAAAUAUGUAUAAGAGAUACGGGUAAAAAAAUUCAGAGCCCUUAACUGUCAGGAUAUUUUUCACUUAAUUUUAUUUGGGACCAUCUUAAAAACACAUUGUGUUUGAUUAUCAACACGUCAAUGUUUUUUUCAUUUGUCUACAACAGGCCUGCACAACAUUCGGCCUGCGUGCCGCCUGCCAGCACCCGCUAUGUGGCCCGCGAGGUCACGAAAUAUUCUUUCUUAUUAUUGUUUUCUUAAGUUUCCCCCCUGUCCUAUAUCUUUCAGCCCGCUCAAGUUUUUCAUGAAGUAUUACGACCUGCCUUAGAUUUUGAGUUGUGCAGGCCUGGUCUACAAGAUAGAUUGUAUUCAAAUACGGCAUUUGAAGAUUUUCAAAUUAAUAUCUGUCUUAGUGCUUUAGGGGCUUAUUUAUGUCCUUAACUUCACAUGAAGUAAAUUAAUGUUGCCCCACAAUGUAUUUUUUAUUAAUUCUUGGUAAUCAUGACAUGAAAUAUACUUUAAAAAUGUCAUUUACUUGAUCCUGCCGUAUAAUGAUUAUAUUUUUUUACUAUCAUGAACUCUGACAUACUUAAUUUUAAAAAAGAUAACAUUUUAAGACAAAUAAUUUUAUACCUGUUGUCUUAUUUACAAUAUUUGGAGCAUAUUUUAUUAAAAGGUUCAACCAUA